GGUGUCAGUGGUUUUGCAGAAUUGCCACUGAGACUCCCUCUCUCUCCCUCCCACCACGGAAGACAGAGAUAGAAGAGCAUUGCAAGCCACCGUUCUUCGUGAAGAAUUCCGAGCGGAGCCCCAGAACCUGAGGGUGGCUCAGGGCGAAACUGCGCUACUGGAGUGUGGUCCGCCCAGAGGUCAUCCGGAACCAGUAGUCUUCUGGAAGAGGAACGGCCACAUCCUGGAUCUGGAAAACAACAAAAGGAUGAGGCUAGUUGACGGCGGGAACUUGGCCAUUCAAGACGUGCGUUCCAGCGACGACGGCAAAUACCAAUGCAUAGCUAAGAACACAGUUGGAGUCCGCGAAUCCAAUGUGGCGCUACUACGAGUGCAUGUGAAACCUUAUAUUGUGGAGGGUCCUGAAGAUGCCACAGCGAUGGCUGGUACUAGUGUGGUAUUCUCUUGUCGAGUUGAGGGCGAUCCACCUCCAGAUGUGAUGUGGAGGAGAACAGCAGGAGGUGGCCCGAUGCCCCUAGCCAGGGUUCACACCCUCGAGGAUAAGAGUCUGAAGUUGGAGACGGUCAGUCCAGAGGAUGAAGGGGAGUAUAGCUGUGUUGCUGAUAAUGGAGUCGGUACAGUCACGGCUUCAGCGACUCUUACCGUUCACUCACCACCUGUAAUAGUGACACGCCCUACAGAUCAAGUAGUAGAAGCCAGCGAUGACGCAGCCUUUGUCUGCGGUGUAGAGGGUAAUCCUCGUCCGUCUGUGUUCUGGUCGGUCGAAGGAAAUAGAACUCUCCUCUAUCCUGGGGAGCAGAUGGGACGCCUUUAUGCAUCCGUCACUCCAGAUGGUCAAUCUGUCUUAACAUUGCAGGACGUAGUUAGAAACGAUUCAGGACUUGUGGUGAUUUGUUCCGGAGUGAACCAAGCUGGAUCAGACACGUGGAGGGCCAGGUUGGGGGUAACAUCAGGUGAAGAGAAUCCACCUCCUGUGAUCAUUUAUGGACCGGCAAAUCAAACGUUGCCGCUCAAGUCAGUUGCCGUUCUAACUUGCAGAGCUUCCGGGAACCCAGAACCUACCAUUGCAUGGUACAAAGAUGGAAAUGUUAUUCUACCAGCCUCAAGAAUCAAUAUUACUCAAGCAGGCUCACUCAAUAUCAAUGAUUUACAAAAAUCAGAUAGCGGUCAAUAUACUUGUGUGGCUUCUUCAAAAAGUGGAAAAGCAACAUGGAGUGCAUAUCUUCGCCUCGAGUCUCCGACGAACCCAAACAUCGCUUUUUUCCGUUCUCCUGAACCCUCAACAUUUCCUGGUCCUCCUUCGAGGCCAGUAAUUGUUGGCAGAACUCACAAUAGUAUUACAAUUUCCUGGACAAGAAAUAAUAAGAUUGGUUCUUCUUCCCUCAUUGGUUUUCAGAUUGAAAUGUUCAGUCAAGGAUCUGAUGGGAGCAGCCCCAGUGGUGGAUGGGUCGUUGUAGCCCGACGUGCCCCAGGACCGACUUACACUCAACAUCACUUAAGCCCUCACGUUUCCUACACCUUCAUCGUCAGGUCUGAAAACUCACACGGAAUGUCGGCUCCUAGUCAACCAUCAGAAGCAGCUGUACCGAGUUUGGGUGCUGAGGAAGAAACAGACCAAAUCAUGAAGGAAGCAAGAAAUGCUUUAAACGGAGGACAUGUAGUUCGCUUGACCCAUAUUCAACCUUUGUCAUCCACCUCCAUCAAGAUUGUUUGGGAGAUUAUGAAUUCCGAAUUUGUGGAAGGAUUUUAUAUCUACUCUCGAGGUUUGGAUGCGCCAGCUCGAAGUACAAAUAUGUUGACAGUUCUGCAUGCUGGAGAAGCUUCUGGCUUUCUCGUAACAGGCCUUGCAAAGUUCACGCGAUAUCAAUUCUUCCUUGUUCCUUUUUAUAAAACUCUAGAUGGAAGGCCUUCCAAUUCAAGAACUGCAAGGACUCUUGAAGAUGUGCCCUCAGAAUCACCAACAGGAUUAGAAGCUGUUCUCUUCAAUACAAGCUCUGUAUAUUUAAAAUGGAAACCACCACCUCAGGCAGCUCAUAAUGGAAUACUUCGGACAUAUCAGGUUGUUGUUAAAUCGGGAAGUGGAUCGAAUGUAACGUUACUGAAUAACGUAACAGUUAAUGCAGGAACACCAUCUCUACAACCAAUCGGUCAACAACCCGGUAUUGGUCCAGGACCUAGCGACUUUUUAACUGAGACUUGGUUCAUGGCUCUGCUCGGCAGUAUGGUUGCAGUUAUGUUCUUACUUUUUGGCGCAAUGCUCCUUGUAAGAAGAAGACAGCUUCUCUCAAAGAAAACAACUCUGCCAGAUUCUCGUAGCAAUGGAGGAAUACUCGCAACACCUUUAAGCCUAAAAGCAGCUGUAGGCUUACCACAUCCCACUGCGAUGGUUCCACAUCCACAUGACUCUACUCUAUGGAUUGAACCGAACAGAGCUGCUUCAUGGCGUCAUUCUGAGCUGAGCGACAAGGAACCACAGAUUUUGGAACCUGCUGAUUAUGCUGAAGUCGACCCAGUUCACAGCGUUUCUACCUUCCAAGGCAAAAGAGAGGAUACAUCACCAGCACCUUAUGCCACUACGACACUCAUUCCGAAAUACCCUCACGCUAGAACUCCAAAUAGUAGACAGGGCUGGGUUCAGAUCUGCCCACAAAAUGAAAAGGAGGAGGAUUGCCUUUAUCCGAGCCAUAACGGAUUCUACAACAGCAACAUAUAUUCAGACACUUAUGUUUUUGAAAAGAAUAAUGAUUAUGUUCAGGAAAAAGGUGGUAGCAUCGGAAAACAAUCCCCUUUGAUAAUUAGCCAAUGUGGAAGAAUUUCUGUUUCGAAAUUAGGAUGCUGUGAACAAGAUCAAUUCAAUAUUGAUAAUUUAAGCAAUUCGCUUGGCAAUCAUACCAAUACAUUAAGGCAUCAGCAUAAAAAUUUUCAGCUUUCCAGGCCACAGAUUGUUAAACAGAACGGUGGAAGAAUCGUGAGUAACAAAGCAGAAAUAGUUACCAGGCCGUGGAGGACUCAGGCGAAUCCUGUCCACACGCUGUCCACGUUCACACCUCCGCCUCCUGCCUACAACCAAUACCAGCCUUUGUACCACAACUCGUCUCGCAGCGAACCGUCUACCAAUUCAUGAUCUAGUCUCCUCUCCGGUCGCUUACACAAGACUGAUUAUAUUUAUAAUGAAAUAAUUUAGGUUGUUAAUUAAUUGAUAUUAGGAAAUAAAGAAAAAAAAGAGGUUAAGCCUGCAUCGUCUGCUAGUGACUCAUAUCAAUAAAAUAUUGUAAUAAAAAAAAAAGAAUCAUCACAUUGUAGAAUUGAAGCAACUUGCCCCCUCACUCUUACAAUAUUACAAUAAUUUCUUGUUAAUCUUUCAUUGUUUUCGUCUGACACAGUAGGCUACUUCUUACCUGUCUUCGUUAGGACACGGAAUUAGUCAAUAUACUUUAAAAUAUGCUUGCUGUCUGUAUUGUUAUUAUUUUAUUUAUUUAUUUAUUUGUCUUUGAAACAACAGUACUAUGAAAAAACAGUCCAGAAUAAUAAAGAUCUUUGUGAAUGGCUAUAUGCAUUUUUAUGCUUUUAAGUUUUUUUCUUGAACUAGCAGAUAAGCUGUAGAGUCUAAUGAGAAGAAAGCUUAUAAGACGGAGUCUACUGAAUAUAAUUGUGUAUAUGUUAAAGGCCAAUUGUAACAAUCAUGUAAUGAAGUAAACAUAUAUAAUCAUGCCAUGAGCUUAGAUGAAAUGCCCACCAGGAGCGCUGUCUACUCUACAAUGGACACAAACUUGUAUUAAAACUUUAUUUGAUAUUAUUUUUGUUUUAUUAUAAAAUUUUAAAAUGUUAUAUUUUAUCCUGAUAGUAAUUUAUCAUUCAUUAUCUG